AUGCGGCCACUACCUAUGGGAAUUUAUACGCCUUUGCCAUGUUUCUUCAGCGAUAAUGAGGAUAUUGUCAUUGUGAAUGCCGGAACCAUCCCAGUAGUAUCUGGGUCUAUGGGCGAGGCUAUUCAUUUGAACCGCGAAGAGAAGAAGACCCUUAUACGACUCACUCGUGUCGCGCUUGAUGAGAUGAGUCUGCAGGGCAUUCCAAUUGUUGCAGGUGCUGGAGGAGCUAGUACCCGCGAGUCUAUUCAACUUUGCACAGAUGCUGCAGAAGCUGGCGCAGAUUAUGUGAUGAUUAUACCCCCAGGGUACUAUGCCGGAGCCCUUUCGGCGGAUUCCAACGCGAUUAAGAAGUUUUUCGUGGAUAUCGCAGAUACAUCGCCCUUGCCAGUCAUCAUAUACAAUUUCCCUGCCGUGUCAGGAGGAAUUGACAUGGAUAGCGAUCUAAUAGUGCAGAUAAUCAAGUCUUCCGCCAAUGUUUGCGGUGUGAAACUGACAUGCGCUAAUGUGGGGAAGUUGACUCGAAUCAUGGCUCAAGUUUCGAGACCAGAAUUCCAAAGCGCUUUCCCUCGGUCGUCAGCGUCCCCGUUUCGGGCCAUCGAUGGCUUUAUUGACUUCUUGCUACCAUCCAUUUCGGUUGGAGCAGCGGGCGCGAUUAGUGGUUUGCCAAAUAUAGCACCGAAAUCCUGCGUGAGACUGUGGACUCUGUGCCAAGACAGCGCGUCCAGCAAAGAAGCACAUGAGUUACAGAACUUGAUUGCUCUUGCAGAUGGAGUGGCACUAAGUAUUGGAAUUUCGGGGAUGAAGAAGUUGUUACAUCGUCGCUUUGGGUAUGGAGAUAGACCCCGGCUUCCACUGUUGCCGAUGGACGACACCGUGGCGGACGCAGCUCUAUCAAGUCCACAUCUGAAAGCAUUAUUGGAUUUAGAGGCGACACUGUGA